AACGGUCUGGGAAACAGGUGUAACGUCCGGAUAAAAGAUGUCGACCUUAGGAAUGUCCUGCUACGAGGAUGGAUUUCGAUUGGGCGGGCCGCCGUCCGAGUGCUCUCUCAGGAGUAAGGCGCAGAUCGACGCAUUGUUCGAGGACUCCAGAUCGAUCUGCAGUUCCGCACUGGGAGGGUGGUACGCCGGAUUGUCUACCGUGAUCCCGACUAGUCCCGACGACAUAGGUGCCGAGGAGCAGAAGAGGGUGAAUAGCGCCGUCCAGGCGCGCAUCGAGGCGAUGUUCGCCUCGGUGGAGGCCGAAAGUGGAACGCCCGGUGAAUGUGCCGCCGCUAUCUUGCCGGUAAAAUACAUGGGAGCUGCUCCGGUUGGUGGGCGCGUGGCCAGCGUGCGUGGUCUUCAGGAGCCUCUUCGUCAGCUGUUGGAGCGCAUGGAAGGUUGCAUAAGGGCUGAGCUGGAGGUUUCCCGACGCGGACUGACGUUCCGCACCAGCGACAUUUGCGAAAAGAACAAUCCUUUCCGCAGAAUAGCGGUAUGGAGCGCCCUGAGGCUUCGAUGCAAGAGAGUGCCAUCGGGUGAUUUGCAUCACGCCUUCCUGCCUUUAGUCGGUGAUCAGGAUCAGGGACAGACCAUGGAAGACAGACACGCUGAUCUCUACAGGACAAUGCGCGGCUUGAGAAGCGAAGUGGACUUCUAUCCUCCGAUCUUCGCCGUGGUGAUGCGCCGGCCCGGGGCUGCCAGGCUCUUGGAAUGCCACGCGUUCGCCUGCGCGUCCGAGGAGGACGCUGUGGCGGCCGCGGCGACGUUAUAUCGCGCCCUUCUCGCCGACCUGGACGCGAAUCGCCGGCGACCCCGUCACAUGAACGGCGUCGGCUGCAUCAGUCUGGCGUCCGUCGUCUCCAGCGUCCGAGAGCCUAGUCUGAGCAGUAAAAUGGGAUGUUUGCUACCUCCACCGCCAAGACCGAUCGCGCCGCACCCUGUCAGGCCGCCCAGGACCAAAAAGACGUCCGUCAGCAGUUCCCUGACGGAGGAAGAGGGCCCGAAGCCGAGUUUGCAAAAAGUACCUCGCAGGAAGAAGAAGAACUCCGACGUGAAGGCGGAGGACAUCCUCGAAGCACGUGGCAGAAAGUCAAGAGACAUCGUCAAGACGGAGAAAAGCAAUUUCGGGCAAAGUAAUCGGGACAUCAUGCUGUCCAGGGACGAGGAAUUGCAGAAUUCCAGGAACAAGAUGUUCUCCGCGAAGGACCAGAACUCUCUGCGCAUACUGAUCGAGUCCAACUCGAAAAUCGAGAAGAUAUACAGUGUCCGGGACAACGAGGCGAACGGGAUUUACGAGAGGCGGUCGAACAAAUACGAGAAGGUAUACAAGCAGAGCAUGCCGAAGAAGGAGAAGGAACUGAAGGCCGAUCUGAAGGACGACGUUUACGAGAGAAAUUACGGAUCGUACGAUAUGAAUCGAACGAACGUUGAGAGCUUUGCUUGCGAACGACAAUCGUAUUCUUCCAGGGCCGACUGCGUUUUCAUGUACGAUAAGAUCGACAAGACCAGGAGGAACGGGCCGAGCUCCACGAUAUAUGAGCAAGCCGGAAGCAGGAAGAAGGAGAACGCUUACAGUUCGCGGAUCGAAGACGCCGACAAGAUCUACAGUCUGGGUAAGGAGGACAUUUACAUGACGAGAAGCAGCGGCAGAGACGAUCGUGGCCAGCUGAAGAGCUGCCAAGAGGACGUGUUCUUCGCGAAGAACUUGAAGAUAAACGAGCUCUACCAGUCGCAUCAGGAACAGGCCGAGGACGACGGCGGCGGCACGGCGGAUCAGCAGAGGCGGUCGAGAGACACGGAGAAGGUGCACUCCUCCGGCAAAAGAGUCAGCCGAGUAGUCACGAUGGACAAACCGCUGAAGAAGGAGCAAUCGGAUCCGGCUUGCUCGCUGAACGUACCGGAGUACAGCCGUCCUAGGAUGAGAAGACGGAGCAGAGCGGGUAGCGAGCCGCCGGUCAGCCAUUCGGAGGACGCGAACAAGAUCCUGCAGGAGAACGGGCUCAGGCGGUCGCAGAGCGACAUAGACGUGGACCGGGGGGACCUGAUGACGCGAGUCGAGCUACCCAGAAGAGGCAGUUUCCUGACCUCCGGAAGUACUCGCAGGCCCAACAAUAUCAAGGGAGGCACACCGUUAGGAUUCACGGAACUGUUCGACGAGUUCAGGAAUCAGGAGGGCUUGACCAGUGUCGACGACAUUCUCGCAGCUAUCAUAGAUCCCGAGGGUAUGUCGUUCAACGACCUGAAGCCGCUCUACAAAGAAUUCUUGUUGAAACUGGCCGCGACGUUGACGCAGGACGAGCUGUACCAGAGAUCCGCCAGUAUCAUGAGAAGACGUCGCCGGCCGCAAAGACGGCGGUCCAGCCGUCGAUCUUGCUUGUUAGGCAGGGCCAUCAAGAGAUCCGUCUCGAGGCUGAAAGGCGGCCCCACGGAGUUCACGUCCGUCAUAUUCCCGGCGAGAAGGCUGAACGACAGUUUCGGCAGCAGCUCGUCGUGCGACGUCAGGAACAACCACAGGAACAGAGUGCUGGCGAGUAGACUCGGCAGAAGGAAGUCCUGGCGGAAGAGCAAAACCGGGGCGUGUCACACGACCUCGGAAGACAGUGACACGUGUAGACGACUGAGCCGCGGUAUGGGUGCCACCGCGAACAGAAGCAGCAGCGGGUACGUGAGUUGCAGCGAGUGCAGCUACGAUUCCGAGUCGUGCACCUGCGUGUCGGCUGACAAGUGUUACUGCUCGUUGUCCAGACGAGUACCGGCUACUUCCGUACCUGAAAACACGGGGGCUGUUUGCGCCUGCGACACGGACAGCUGCUCCGAGAGUAACAAGUGUUACUGCGCGAGGAAGCCGAUCCAGCAACCGACCAUACUCGAGCAACUCAGGCAGAAAGGGAUCGUGCCUUCGGAGAGUACGCUCAGCCGAGGCGACAGUCCCGAGCGGGUCAAAGGCACGCGGAUGGCCGGUAGUCACAGCUCGUCGCACAACACCGACUUCCUCAAGAAUCGAUCAUCGCCAGCCUGCGGCAGUUCGGACAAUUUAGCUUUAGAUUACGAUCUCUUCAGUCCAGGAAGGAAGUCCCAGCAAUCGUCCGGCAGCGAGAAGGUACUUGUCGUUAGCGCCCGAGAUACUCAGGGCCGUUUGGUUUACGUCGGCGGCGCCGAGAGAGACAAGAAAUAUUCCUCCCGCGGCAGCGGGAGAUCCGGCGCCCAUCACGAGGCGCUCUCCAUAAAGAAGAGCGCGGAAAUCGCCGCAGUCUUCGGCGCCGGUGAGGGCAACCGAAUCUCCAGGAGGACCAGCAACGCGUCCAGCAUAAGAAGUUCCAUCAGCCUCGAGGCUGGCCUUGGCUACUUGCCCUGAUGAAAACCGCUUAAAUUAUCCGCAAGUACUCGAAUAUUCAAUGUUUAAUACUGUAACACGCAUAUAUAUAUAUAUAUAUAUAUAUAUGUACAUACACACACGUACACGUAUACACACUUUGCCAUUCGCGUUAUGAUUUCGGAGAAAAAGAGAUCCUUCAUGAACAUAUCGUGAUUUCGUUAGUCGUGUCUAUCGGCAUACACACAUAUGCAACUACUUACGCGUACCUGUUUUGUUCGGAUGUUAGUGUGUA